AUGUCAUCUUUCUGGUUUUGACCAGGAUUUUCAGCCAAAAUUCAAAAUUUUUAGAAAAAUCUGAAUUUUUUCCGGAAUUUUUUUGGCUGUGAAAAAAAAUGGUUUUCUAGGCUCAAAAUCUACAGUAACCCUAGCCUAAUUUUAUCUGAAAAUUUGAAAAUUUUUCAAAAUUUUUAAUCUAAAAAAUUUGAAACGUAUUUUUUCCGGAUUAUUUUUGGCUAUUAAAAAAAUGGUUCUCUGGCCUUAAAAUCUACAGUAACCUUACAUUUUUCAAAAAAAAAACAUUUUUUACAGCGACGGAGCAAAACGAGUGCUCAUAAAACUCUCGCGAAGUGGACACUGUGAAAAUCUAGAAGAUUGGAGUUUAUUACGAGAUGAUGUGCUGGAAAUGGCCGAAGGGAUUUAUGGAGAUUUAGUAACUCGAGAAGAAGCUCUUGAACUUGUCGCCAAAGAAAUCUUGGAAUCCGAAAGACCCGAAUUCAUGGAUCUUGUUCUGACGUUGAAUCCAAGGGAUCCAAUUUCAGACAAAAAAUUGAGCGCGAAAAAAUCUGGCGAAGUUCUACUAUCGAAAUCUGAAGAUCUAAUGUCGGAAGCGACUCAUAAAGAUGAUCCGCUAUUGGGAAAAUCCCGAUUUUUUGCGAUUUCAGCCAGGGAAAUAUCUGGAAAUCCAGCAAAAGAUCAGCUAAGAUGGUUGGAUGCGAUUGAAUUGGCUCAAGAACUUGGUUGUACAAUUAUGCCGAUUGCGAUUAAAUUUGCGGAUCAUGAGCAAUUAUUACAUGAUUUAGUGCAUAUUGGAGCGAAUUAUAAGCUGGGGAAGAAGUUAGCGAAACUUGCGGUGCUACUAGAAAUUACGACGCCGGUUGCGACGGCGUUGUCGCUUUGCGCAUUGGCUGCGUUGAAUCAUAAUGAUGAUGUGUAUUUGGGGAAGUAUAUUGGGGAAGUUAUUAGGAAGACGAAAGGAUUGGCGGUGGUUCAUGAGUUGUGUAUGAGGAUUAUUUUGAAAGAGGAAUAUGUGGUGCCGGUGGUGAGCAUUUUUGAAUUGGGAAAAUUUUUAUUGAAAAUUUCAAAACGUAAAAUUUCCGGGAAAUUUUUGAAUCUCAAAAAAUCUGGAUUUUUCAGGACCUGAAAUUCAGGCUUAAAAUCAACCUGGGCUUUUUUCGGAAAAAUUAACCUGGUUACUGUAAAAUCCUGAUCCUUUAAAAAGGUCCUAGGAUACUGUAGUAUAUUUUUUAAAGUAGACGAUUUAUUUUUUCACAAAAUUUUGAAUUUCAAAUUUUGCCACGUGGAUUUUCGCUCUAAAAAUUUUGAAUUUCAAAUUUUGCCACGUGGGUUUUCCAAAAGCCUGGAAUUACUGUAGGGUAUUUUCAAAGGCGCAUGAUAAUAUUCCUAUGUUCCUUUAAAAUACCUAUUGGUUACUGUAGUAGUUUUGUGAACCCUGUUCCUUUAAAAAUGGACUAGGUUACUGUAGAGAAUUUUUUUUAAAGGUACAAGCUUCAUUUUGCUAAGUUUUUUGGGUUACUGUAAACUUUUUUCAAAAUUUUUAUAAUGAGAAAAUUUCGAAACGUAAAAUUUCCGGGAAAUUUUUGAAUCUCAAAAAUCUGGAUUUUUCAGGCUGAAAAUCUACAGUAACCCUGGGCUUAUUUGGUAUCAAAAAAUCAGAAUUUUCAUCUGAAAAUUUGAAAAUUUCAAUUUGGCGCUUAAAAAUGAGUUAUGACGUGGCAAAUGAGCAAUUUUUUGAGAUUUUUCAACGAGAAAAAAUUUCUAUUGAAAAUUUGUAUGCUGUGCCCGAAUUCUUUGAUUAAUCAUUUUGAAAUUCAUAGAAACAAAAUUUAAAAAAUUUCAAAACGUAAGAUUUCCGGGAAAUUUUUUAAUUAAAAAAAAAGGAAAUUAUCGGCUUUAUUUUUUCUGGAAAAAAUCAGUUUUUUGUGCAAAAUUUGUCGUGGAAAUGUGCAAUUUUGAGCAUUUUCCGAUAAAAAACUGAAAUUUUCAUCCGUUUCAGGCUGAAAAUCGAGGGAAAAUCAGAUCUUUCAGUAAUUCUUGCUAAAUAGACCUUCCUCAGUUUCCCAGAAGCUGUGAUCCUUUAAAAUUGGCCUAGGAAUACUGUAGGUUAUUUUCAAAGGUACAUACUUUAUUUUCCUCUGGUUACUGUGUUAUUUUUUCAAUCUCCUCUUGAAGCUGAAAAAUCUCGAAAAAUUGCUCAUUUGCCACGUCAUAACUCAUUUUUAAGCGCCAAAUUGAAAUUUUUAUGUUUUCAGAUGAAAAUUCUGAUUUUUUGAGACCAAGUAAGCCCAGCGUUACUGUAGAUUUUAAAAAAUACCUAGAAGUACUGUAGGGUUUUUACUGGUUACUGUAGUUUUUCUAUAUUUCUACUGGUUACUGUAGUUUUCCCUAUUGGUUACUGUGGAGUAUCUUUUUAAAGGCACAUACUUCAUUUUGCUAAUUUUUUUCGGGUUACUGUAAAAUCCUGAUCCUUUAAAAAGGUCCUAGGAUACUGUAGCUCAUUUUAAAGGAACAUGCUAAUUUUUUUUGAUCUUUUGAGGAUUCCUAGGAGUACUGUAGGGAAUUUUUAGGCUUGAAAUAUCUUGAUUUUCUUCAGGACAUGGCUGAUAUCUACUCGUGUGCUAUGAAUAAUUGCAACGAAAAAAAUAUGAUGGAAACUCUUGACGCCAUCGCUGAAAAUGAACGAAUUCUCGCUGAAAAUGCUGAAAAACACCGAAAAUCCGCUGAAAAUCUGCCAAUUUGUCAACUUUUCACACCAGAUUCAAUGUAUUGCACAGUGGAUUGUUAUAAAUCGAAAAAUAUUCCGAAACUCGACCCGAAAUUGUACAAAAAAUCGGGAAAUCUGAAGAAAUUGAUGGCCUACGAAUCGUCGAGUUUGGCUAUGUGUUUGUCACUUUUUCAGGCUGAAAAUUUGGCUGAAAAUCAAGAAUUUUGGACAGAAAAUGAGAAGUUGAAGAGAUAUGAGAAGAGUUUGAGGUUUUUCGCAGGGAAAGGCGUCCCGAUGGAAAUUUUGACUAAAAUUGCGCCGAUGAAGGUUAUUAAUGCGGCCAAUCAGAAUGAUCGAAGUUUGACAGCAAUUGAUCGAAUUGAGGAUUAUGGUGAGGAGGGUUUUGGGGCUGAAAAUGCUGAAAAUUUGGAAUUUUACUGUUAAAAAAUGCUCAAAAUUGCAUAAAUCUACAGUAAUCCUGGGCUCAAAAAAUCAGAAAUUUCAAAAAUUUCAAUUUGGAAAGUUUAAAAAUGAGCUACAGUAUCCUAGGAUCUUUUUAAAGGAUCAGGAUUUUAGCAAAAUGAAGCUUGUACCUUUAUAAAUACUCUACAGUAACCAAAAGGGAAAGCUACAGUAACCAGUAGAAAAAAAGCAUUAUCAUCAUGCGCCUUUGAAAAUCAAUACAUUUUUGAAAUGUAUUUUUUCAUGGAAUUUUUUUUUCAUAAAUCUACAGUAACCCUGGGCUUAUUUGGUCUAAAAAAAUCAGAAAUUUCAUCUGAAAAUUGAAAAUUUUGAAUUUGCCGCUUUAAAAUUGAGUUAUGACGUGGCAAAUGAGCAACUUUUCCAAAUUUUCGAGUAAAAAAACACAGUAACCCGAGAAAAAUAAAGUAUGUACCUUUGAAAAUAACCUACAGUAUUCCUACAAAUUUUCAGAAGUCCAGAAUUACUGAUUUUCCCCCGAUUUCCAGCCUGAAACGGAUGAAAAUUUCAGUUUUUUCAACGGAAAAUGCUCGAAAUUUCACAUUUCCACGACAAAUUUUGCACAAAAAACUGAAAAAACCAAAAACUAGCGUUGAAAAAUUUGAAAAACCUGAAAAAUCUGAUUUUUUGAAACCAAAUAAGCCCAGGGUUACUGUAGAUUUUAACGUGAAAAUUUCCCGGGAAAAAAUACGUUUUGAAAAUUUUUUGAAUAAAAAUUUAAUUUGAUGCUUGCAUUACUUGACGCUGUUGUAUUUUUUUAGUUGAAAAAUCUUGAAAAAUGGCUCAUUUGCCACGUCAUAACUCAAUUUUAAAGCGGAAAAUUCAAAAUUUUCAAUUUUCAGAUGAAAAUUCUGAUUUUUUGAUACCAAACAAGCCUAGGUUGAUUUCAGCCUGAAUUCCAGGUCCUGAAAAAUCCAGAUUUUUUGAGAUUCAAAAAUUUCCCGAAAAUUUUACGUUUUGAAAUUUUCUCAAUUUUGUUUCAAUGAAUUUCAAAGCAAUUAGUUAAAUACCCAAUAAUUAGUUAAAUUCCUACUAAUUACUAAUACUAAUUAACAGGAUGCGAUAAAAGUUAGAAAACCACUAAAUUGCUCAUUUGCCACGUCAUAACUCAAUUUCAAAGCGGAAAAUUGAAAAUUUUCAAUUUUCAGAUGAAAUUUCUGAUUUUUUGAGACCAAAUAAGCCUAGGUUGAUUUUAAGCCUGAAAAAUCCAGAUUUUUUGAGAUUCAAAAAAUUUCCCGAAAAUUUUACGUUUUGAAAUUUUGUAUAUAAAAUUUUGAAAAAAUGAAGUGAUGCUUUUCGACAAUUUUUAUGUUCUGAAAUUUAUCAUAUACACAAUAAUUAACAGGAUGCGAUAAAAAUCGAUUCAUUGGAGAUCGUCAAUAUCGAGAUGAUGCAAUUGUUGGCCUAGCAAUGACUGAAAACGACCAACAAUUCCAAGAUGCCAUCGAACUUGCUCAAAAAUACGAAAUCGAUGAUUGGCAGCUUCAUAUGGCUUCACUGGAAAACGCGAUUUCCAUGCUACCAAUUCCAGAAGUCAAGCAAAUCAUCAAAAAUCGACAACAUCUCGUGAAACUUCGACAAAAUCUCGAUCUUUUUCAUUCAACACUUCGCCAUGCAGUUCUACCGCUUCUUGGGACUAAUGAGCAGUUUUUCGCGUAUUGCUCACUGUUUUCGGAGCAAGAAGUGGAGAAAAAAGCGGUGGGAGUUGUGAGGAAAAUUGUGGAGAAGCGGAAGGAGGCGCGGGCCCCGAAAAUGUGGCAAGAUGCCAAAUAUCUAGCUGGAAUUCUUAUCGGGAUUCCUGAUAAGAUUCUGUGGAGUAUUGUUGAGAUGGUUCAGUUGAUACCGGUUGGAAAAGUGGCGUGUGAAAUUGCGGCGCGAGAAUUGUUGGAUGGAAAUGAGGUCAGACCGCCUGGACAUCCGCUAACUAUUUGGUUGUUGGUUGGAGAGGAUUUGGAAGAGUUUGUGGAGAUUGUGGCAGUGAAAGCGGUGAGGGAUUUUUUGGGGGGGGGGAAAUUUAAAAAAAAAAUUUGAAAACCUGAAAAUUUCAAAUUCAAAAAUCUGAAAUUCAAUUCAAAGUUUAGGAUUUUUUUCCGAAAAGUUCAGGAUUUUUGAAAUUUUUGAAAUUCUGGAUUUUUCUCAAAAAAAAUACAAAUUUCUAUCAGAAAAUCUGAAAUUCAUCCUAAAAAUUUGGAUUUUUCUCAAAAAAAACAAAAUUUGAAAUUAAAAAACUUCGAUUCAGAAAAUGUCAAAAAACUAUAUUUUUUUCCUAUUUUUUCAUUUUUGUGUGGAAAAAAAUUUCAAAAAAUCGGAAAAAAAAAUAGUUUUUUGACUUUUUCUGAAUCGAAAUUUUUUGUCGAAAAAUUUUUUUAAAAUUAUUUUUUUUUCGACUUGAAAAUUCACUUUGAAAUUCAAGAUUUUUUCGAAGAAAAAACACAAAUUUCUAUUAGAAAAUCUGAAAUUCAACCUGAAAUUCAAAAAAUUGAAUUUUUUGGAAGAAAAAAAUUAAUUUCAAAAUUUUAUAUUGAAACAUCUGAAAUUCAUCCUGAAAUUUUGGAUUUUUUGAAGAAAAACAGAUUAAAUUUAUGAUUUCAUCUAAAUUUUCGACCAAAAUUCGAGAAAAAUCAAAAAUUUCGGGCCGAAUUAGGCCCGAAGCCUGAAAAACCUCAGAUUUCAAGUCUGAAAUUUGAGGAAAAGCUCGAAUUUCAAGCCUGAAGCCUGAAAAUUAUGGAAAAAACCCCAAAUUUCGAGAAAAAUUAAAUUUUCGACCAAAUUUCAAGAAAAAUCCAAAUUUUUGGGCUCAUAUUUAUUUAGGAUUUUAAAAAUCAGGAAAUUUUCAAAAAUUAAAAAAAUCCCUUUUUUUUCCCAAGUCUGAAAAAAAAGGAUUUUUUUUCCGAAAACAUUUUUCAGGGAAAAAUUAAUUUCAAAAUUUUUCUUUCUUCAAAAAUUAUCAAAUUAAAAAUUUCUAUUAGAAAAUCUGAAAUUCAUCCUGAAAUUUUGGAUUUUUCUCAAAAAAAAACGAUUAAAUUUGAAAUUAAAAAACUUCGAUUCAGAAAAUGUCAAAAAACUAUAUUUUUUCCUAUUUUUUGACAUUUUUUUUCAUUUUUGUGUGGAAAAAAAUAGGAAAAAAUAUAGGUUUUCAACAUUUUCUGUAUCGAAAUUUUUUUCAAAAAAAAUUUUUUAAAAUUUUUUUUUCUAAUUGAAAAUUCAUCCUAGAAAUUUGGAUUUUUCUUUGCAAAAAAAAUUUGAAACUAAUUUCCAAAAGCCUGAAAAUGGCUGAAAAAUUCCAAUAUUUUCUCACUAUGGAAAAGUUACCCUAACUUCUUGAAUCAAAAAUCUGAAAUUCAAUUUUUUUUCAGCGCGAAGAUGAAAUUGCCUACCUGAAAAACGCUCUGAUCCUCCUGGAAGCCACCCCGAAAACUCCCAAAAUUCUAAUUGAAGCUCUAAAAGAUCGUGUUGAAAAAAUGGAAAGAUCCACAAUUUCACCGGAAAAUCAGGGAUUUGGAGCGCAAAAUGAGACGGGAAUGAAAAUGCGAAGAAAAAAUUAG